AUGUUUGGCUUAUCCAGUUUUAUCAUAUUUUCACAUUUGGGUAUACAAUUGGAAAGUGGAAACAUCAUAUCAACAUGUUUGUUAUGAUUAAUUAUAUGGUGGGAGCGACUGCAAGAAGAGAGACUGCCUGUAGUGAACGAUUGCUGAAAAAAUAGAGUUUUUUUUACAUGAAUGAACUUGAAAAUGGUGUCUGCACAAUAGUUUUUGGACAUUUUAAAUAGAGCUGUGGUAUUGUGAGGAUUUUAGGUGAGUGUAAGGAGAGAUGGGAUGGCGGUACAAUGCAGGGUUGGUGCUCAUUGCUAUAGUUGUUCUCAUAUGGGUCACCUCGGCUGAAGUCACUCAGGAUAUAUUUCUGACGUACAAGCAACCGUUUGCACUUACAUAUUUGGGAGUUUCUCUUAUGGUAGUCUACCUUCCCAUAGCUAUUAUAAAAGACUGGACCUGCAGCCUGAUAAGGAGGGAUUGUAAAAAUAACAAAAAAAGGGCGGAAGCUAUUGUUGACACCUCUUGUUAUCUUGAUUUACCAGCAAAGAUAAAUCUUAUGUAUAAAGUUUUGGAGACUAAGAUGGAUCGUUGUCUAUCAAGAAAAGUCAAUGAUAACGAUCUUUGUGCAGAGGAAGAAGGAAAGCCACUGCUUAUUAAAAGCAGAGAGGAUUCUGAAAGUUUCAAGUAUCAAGAAGAGCUUACACCGUGGGAAGUUGCAAAAUAUAGUCUUUGUAUAGCACCGAUAUGGUUUGCUACAGAGUACCUAUCAAAUGCUGCCUUGGCACGAACAAGUGUGGCAAACACAACUGUCAUAGCUUCAACAUCAGGUCUCUUCACUCUUUUCUUUGGUGUAAUGUUGGGUCAAGAUUCCCUUAAUGUUUCAAAAGUCGUAGCUGUGUUUGUAAGCAUGGCUGGAGUAGCCAUGACAACUGUUGGAAAGACGUGGGCUGCAGAUGAAUCGAAGUUGAGCAUUUCUGGUUCCCAUCAACAUUCAAUUCUAGGAGAUAUAUUUGGACUUCUUUCUGCAGCCACCUAUGGCAUUUUCACUGUAUUGCUCAAGAAGUUUGCUGGCGCAGAAGGGGAAAAGGUUGAUGUGCAAAAGUUUUUUGGAUACAUUGGAUUGUUCAACCUUGUUGGUCUUUGGUGGCUUGUAUGGCCUCUAAAUGCUAUUGGUAUAGAACCAAAGUUUACCAUGCCCCCUUCAUUGAGAGUGGAUGAAGUUGUACUUGCUAAUAGCUUCAUAGGCAGUGUGCUUUCAGACUACUUUUGGGCAUUGUCCGUAGUGUGGACAACACCUUUAGUAGCCACUUUGGGAAUUUCUCUUACUAUACCCUUAGCAAUGAUGGCUGAUAUGAUAAUCCAUGGUCGUCAUUAUUCCACCAUCUACAUUAUUGGUUCUGUACAGGUUUUUGCAGGAUUUGUGAUUGCAAAUAUUUCAGGCCAGUGUACCCAAAAGUUGGGUUCAUAGCAUAGUAAUAUCUUUUAAAGCGUGCAAUUUGAUCUUCCAGCUUUUGAUUAGUAGGCAUACAGUUAAUUGUUGGAAUGUUGGUAGCAAUCUUUUUCUUUUAGGCAAGAUGGUGCCCAGUACAAUUUUGGAUAGGAACCUGCAUAUUCAAAUGUUCGUCCAGUUAAUGUUGUAUGGCAACCUUUACACCUGAGAACUGCAAAAUUCUAGAUCACUUACAAAGCUCUAUUGAGGUGAAGUAUCUACAUGUAUUGGUCAUUGUUAACAUGUUUACUACAAUAAUCCAAAAGGACCUGAGGGUUCAGCAUAUACUGUGUAUUGAUACUUAUAACUGAAGUUCGGCUCUGUCAAAUUCAUGUAAAUAAACUAAUUUUUAUAUUUGAAAUUCUAUGUUCACUUCCAA